UUAGAUAAGUGAUAAGAUAUAUAAGUGCCAGUUCAGCAGUUUUACUUUGUCUUCUGCUUUUGUGUUGUUCUUCUGCAGUAAAAAAGCUGAAGUGAAGCAAUGGCUGACAAACCAGAUAUCAGCGAGGUCUCUCAGUUUGACAAGACCAAGCUGAAGAAGACCGAGACACAAGAGAAGAACACCCUUCCCACUAAAGAGACUAUCGAACAGGAGAAGCAGUGCGAGGCAUAAACUAUCUUCACCGAGGGCAAGCUGCAGAGGGCUGUGAGAUGGCAAAUCCCUUUACUAAAGGUGGAUUCUCCUGACCACCAGACACUGAGCCUAGCCUGAAGUGGGGUGUUUGCCCUCAGUUUAACUUGUAGAAGACCUUUUCUGAAGGAUGACUGACUUGAUCCGUGUCAGUGACGAGAUGGCUUACUCUGCACUGAGACGAAAUCUUGUCAAUCUAAAUGAAAAUGAGUUAUAUUUGUCCUCCUCUUUAGUGAAAUAAACCUUUCAGAUGAA